GGCAUGCUUCUUACCCAUAUUUUCACCAAGAGAGAAAUUCUUUAGUUGCGCCCUUCUCCCUUCCAUCAUCCUUAAACACAUGCAGGAAUGCUCCAAUCGCCUAAACAAACCCUAUGGCAUGCUUCUUACCCAUAUUUUCGCCAAGAGAGAAAUUCUUGAGGUGCGCCUUUCUCGCGUCCGCUUUCUUGACGCAGAGUGCCUUGGGUAUUGUGGCCUUGUAAAGAUUGGAGAUGAGUAUUACAUAAAGAAGGAGUUUCAAAAUCUUGACGAGGCGACACGAGCGGAGUAUGGUCCUCAGCGUUCCAUGUCAUCUUUGCCUUCCACUUCACGCGCACCCCGGGCUGAAGCCGAAGAAAAUGCAAACAAGGAGGUCCCUGCUCGUGUUCCUUGGGUCAAACCCUCAAAGUCGGCGUCUCAUGUUUCCUCGGCCUCUCUCAUGCAUCGUUACUCUCACAUGGCUUCCACUUCCAAAAAUCCCUUUAAGAAGUUCAAGAAAUUCAUCCUCAAGAACGUGGUGGCUCCGAUGAGGAAACUUCAAGAAAGCCUCGAUGAUCUCUCGGAUCGGAUGAAGAAGAUGGAGGAUCGUGAGAAUCGCCAAAAGCACAACGAGGAUCGUGCUUAUCAUGUCUUAUGUUUAAAAAUCGUACUUAUGCACUUUUAUGAUUGAAAACCCAUUUGUUAUGAUUAUGCUUAUGGAGAUGUGGAGUAUGAGCCUUUUAUUUUGAAAUGACCACACGUCCAAAUGCAUGUAUCAAAGCCCAUGGGUGGGCCAUACCCACAUGUGAAGUAAUGUCAUGCAUGCUCCUCAAUAAUCAAUUUCGCAUUCU